AUACAAAUUGAAACACAAGCUUGAAUAUACCAAAUGUUGUCUAACUACAAUAUGACCUUGUUUGAGUAUAUUUCAUUAUUUGUAGCAAUUCUCUUCAUCAUAUUAUACAAUAUAUGGAGACGCAACAAAAAUGUUCUUAUACCAAAUUGGCCAAUCAUUGGCAUGCUACCAUCAAUUUUGCAUAAUCAAUCCCAUAUUCAUGAUUUUGUAACCUCAGUUUUAAAACAUCAUGGAGGCACUUUUCUUUUCAAAGGACCUUGGUUCACAAACAUUGCCAACUUUAUCCUCACUAGUGAUCCCAUGAAUGUGCACCACAUCACCAGCAAGAAUUUCAUCAACUAUGGGAAAGGAUCUGAUUUCCAUGAGAUUUUUGAAAUUCUUGGCGGUGGUAUUUUCAAUUUGGAUUCCAACGAAUGGAAACAAGAAAGAACACUACUUCAUUCAUUGCUCAAAAGGAAAAGCUUUGAGAUUUUCCUUCAACAAAACACUCAAAAGAAGCUAGAGGAUUGCCUAUUACCAUUUCUUGAUCAUGCAUAUAAAGGUGUACAAGUAAUUGAUUUACAAGAUAUUCUUGAGAGGUUCACCUUUGACAUCGCCUGUACCUUUUUAUUUGGAUUAGAUCCUAAUUGUCUUGAUCCUUACAAAUUCAAUGAGUUAUCAGAUAUUUCUUAUGUAAAAGCUGUGUCUGAGAUGGAGGAUCUGAUAUUGUCCAGACACUAUAUUCCAAAAUGUAUUUGGAAGCUACAAAGAUGGCUGGGGAUCGGUCAAGAGAAGAAGGGAAAGGUAGCUAAAGAAAAUAUUCACCAGUUCUUGAACAAAUGUGAAACUUAUAUCAAAGUUGAUGAAGAUGCGGACGAAUCUCAUUCUUGCCUUCUAAAAGAAUUAAUGAAGGAAGGAAUAGGAAAGAGGGGAAAGACUGAGAAGUAUAUUAGAGACACUGCACUCAAUCUCUUGGUUGCAGGAAAUGGAACAAUUAGUUCAGGACUCAGUUGGUUCUUUUGGCUUGUUUCAACUCAUCCAACCGUGGAAGCUAAAAUUAUUCAAGAGAUCAAAGAUAACUAUUUUACACAAGAGGAGAAUUCGAUCACUGACUUACGUGUCGAAGAGCUUGAUAAGCUAGUUUACCUUCAUGGUGCUAUAUGUGAAGCCUUAAGGCUUUAUUCACCUGUAUCAUUUGAGCACAAGUGUGCUAUGAAUUCUGAUAUACUACCUAGUGGAGACCAUGUUAGUCCAAAUACAAAGUUGAUAUAUUCUUUGUAUGCAAUGGGAAGGAUGGAAGAAAUAUGGGGAGAUGAUUGCAUGGAAUUUAAGCCAGAGAGAUGGAUAUCAGAAAAAGGACAGAUUAUACAUGUACCAUCUUACAAGUUCAUAGCAUUCAAUGCAGGUCCAAGAAGUUGUAUUGGAAAAGAUAUUAGCUUAGUUCAAAUGAAAAUGGUUGCAGUUGCUAUGUUAUGGAAGUUUCAUAUACAUGUGGUGGAAGGUCAUUCUGUAAUUCCAAGGGUUUCUGUUAUUCUUCGUAUGGAACAUGGCUUAAAGGUCAAUGUCAGUAAAAGAAGCAUUUGAUAUUAGUAUGAUGCAUGCUGUGUUAUUUCCAUUAAUUCUAUCUGUGGUGCUUCAUAUGUCUUAGUUAAAUAAUGAUAUAGUGAGAUAACUGAUAAGACCAUACUACUUUCUUGCUGUGUGUGUAUAAUUAGUACAUGAAUGCAUAUCUUAAUGUUUUGAAUCAAA